CAGAGGGUGAAUCCUCAAACAAGUGGCAACAGGCCACCAACUUGAAAGGGAAAAUUGUGUAGUGAUGGGAAAGGUGUCCAACAAACCUACUGGGUGACUAAUUACAAAGGCUGGGCUGGAGCUUCAGAGGCUGCUUGUUAAACACUUCAUUAAGCGGCACUCUGAAAGCUGCCACCUGCGCAUUCUGGGAGCUCAGAGGGGACCCUGAGGGGGAGUGAGGCCUGGAGGAUGGAACCAUCUUCAGGCAGACUGAGAAGGAGCCUGGAUCUCACUUUCAAACACAGUCUGGAGCUCAUAGAUCAGAGGCCUCAAUGGGAGAAAAGCUAAAGGAAGCAGGGGGCAGAAAGGAGAUUCAGGGAAUUGGUGGCUAUGUGACUUUGAGCAAAUCUCACCCCUCUCUGAGACUUAGUGUUCCCAUCUCUAUGGUCCUGUGUGUGUCACAGAGACAUGAUGGGGAUUAAAUUCGAUUGUGAAUAUGAAAGUGCUUGGGAAACUCUAUGGCCCUACCUAAACAUGAGUUAUCCUCACCUGAACCAAGGGGGGAAGUUACCUGGCAGGAUUAGGAACCCCAUCCUCCUGAACCUUUAUGGGCUCUGUCGAGGCUGAAGCAGCCAGGGGCUAAAGCUGUCCUUAGCCCCUGGAAAGGCACUGUGAAGGAGGAUCUGAUUUGAGAAGCCAUUUCCUGAUGUGGGCAGCCAUGUGAUGCCAGCCCCGAACGAGAGGGGGCAGCCUGGAGCCUGGAAAGGUGCCAGCGCAGGUGGGGCCCACGCCCAGAUUUCUCCUGCUGACUGUUCUGAUGAUUCACCCCCACAUCCCAGCCUUUUUACCUUUACUGCAGAGCCGGAAAGGGUGUGGGGAGGAGAGGAGAGGGAGGCAGGUCUUGGGCCCUGGUCCCGCCCCCUGCUCCUCCCCACCCUUCUCUGGGCCUGGCCACCCAGCCAAAAGGCAGGCCAAGAGCAGGACAGACACAGAGUCCGGCAUUGGUCCCAGGCAGCAGUUAGCCCGCCGCCCGCCUGUGUGUCCCCAGAGCCAUGGAGAGAGCCAGUCUGAUCCAGAAGGCCAAGCUGGCAGAGCAGGCCGAACGCUAUGAGGACAUGGCAGCCUUCAUGAAGGGCGCGGUGGAGAAGGGCGAGGAGCUCUCCUGCGAAGAGCGAAACCUGCUCUCAGUAGCCUAUAAGAACGUGGUGGGCGGCCAGAGGGCUGCCUGGAGGGUCCUGUCCAGUAUUGAGCAGAAAAGCAACGAGGAGGGCUCGGAGGAGAAGGGCCCCGAGGUGCGUGAGUACCGGGAGAAGGUGGAGACUGAGCUCCAGGGCGUGUGCGACACCGUGCUGGGCCUGCUGGACAGCCACCUCAUCAAGGAGGCCGGGGACGCCGAGAGCCGGGUCUUCUACCUGAAGAUGAAGGGUGACUACUACCGCUACCUGGCCGAGGUGGCCACCGGUGACGACAAGAAGCGCAUCAUCGACUCAGCCCGGUCAGCCUACCAGGAGGCCAUGGACAUCAGCAAGAAGGAGAUGCCGCCCACCAACCCCAUCCGCCUGGGCCUGGCCCUGAACUUUUCCGUCUUCCACUACGAGAUCGCCAACAGCCCCGAGGAGGCCAUCUCGCUGGCCAAGACCACUUUUGACGAGGCCAUGGCUGAUCUGCACACCCUCAGCGAGGACUCCUACAAAGACAGCACCCUCAUCAUGCAGCUGCUGCGAGACAACCUGACACUGUGGACGGCCGACAACGCCGGGGAAGAGGGGGGCGAGGCUCCCCAGGAGCCCCAGAGCUGAGUGUUGCCCGCCACCGCCCCGCCCGCCCUGCCCCCUCCAGUCCCCCACCCUGCCGAGAGGACUAGUAUGGGGUGGGAGGCCCCACCCUUCUCCCCCAGGCGCUGUUCUUGCUCCAAAGGGCUCCGUGGAGAGGGACUGGCAGAGCUGAGGCCACCUGGGGCUGGGGAUCCCACUCUUCUUGCAGCUGUUGCGCGCACCUAACCACUGGUCAUGCCCCCACCCCUGCUCUCCGCAUCCGCUUCCUCCCGACCCCGGGACCAGGCUACUUCUCCCCUCCUCUUGCCUCCCUCCUGCCCCUGCUGCCUCUGAUCGUAGGAAUUGAGGAGUGUCCCGCCUUGUGGCUAAGAAGUGGACAGUGGCAGGGGCUGGAGAUGGGCGUGUGUGUGUGUGUGUGUGUGUGUGCGCGCGCGCGCCAGUGCAAGACCGAGAUUCAGGGAAAGCAUGUCUGCUGUGUGUGACCAUGUUUCCUCUCAAUAAAGUUCCCCUGUGACACUCC